AUGGGGCCCCCAGGCAAUAGGGGAUCAUGGGGCCCCUGUGUCCUUGCCCAAACUCAAAAAAGCCUAUGAAAAAGAUUAGAAUUAGAUAAUCUAGUAAUAAUGGGGCCAUUAGAGGUGCACCAGCAAGUUUGGUGCUACAGUUUAGGAGCAACCUGGGACCAGGGGCGGACUGACCAUUUGGAAACUCGGGCACUGUCCGAGGGCCCGGGGUCAGUAGGGGGCCCCAUGAGAUGUCCCUGGUACCUUUUUCAUAGGCUUUUUUGAGUUUGGGCAAGGACACAGGGGCCCCAUGAUCCCCUAUUGCCCGGGGGCCCCAUGAGUUGUCAGUCCGCCCCCGCC